ACUUGAAAAGUCCUCUGAAACUUGAUAAUGAAAGUUGUAGCUAUUAAAUUUAUUUAUUUUGAGAGAUUUUAUCAAUUAAACACUCUCAGUGAAAGGUUUAUGGAGGCCAUCAAUUAUUUCCCAGCAUGCAUCUGUGCUCUGACGUAGAUGAGACACAUUGCUGCUGCUGACUGGGUCAGUGUUACAAACUGAUCGCACUACGGGAAAACAUGCCUGAAUGUCAAGCAAAAUUUUGCACUGUCAGAAGGGGACAAGGAUUUAAUACAUUUUCUAUUCCUGACCCUAAGCGUGACUAUGAAUUGUGUAAAAGAUGGAUUCAUAAUUUGGGGAAUGAGAAAUUAAACAUAAAGACUUUUGUGUUUGCAUAUCAUAAAAUUGUGUGUGAAAAACACUUUGAGGAAGAUUGCUUUGAAGAUGAUCUUGAGGCACGCCUGAUGAAUUUCAAACCAAGAAAAAAACUGAAAAAGGGGGCAGUUCCUACUAUUUUCCUUGACAGCAAAACUCCAAAGAAAAGGGAAACAAGUGAAAAAAGAAUAAAAGAGAAGGAAAAAGUGGAACUACUUGAAAAUAUUCUUGUCAAUGCUGAAGAUGAUGACAAUAUAGAUGAGCCAGGCUGUUCUUAUGAUACUGGGAGAUCGGGACAGAAAAGGAAAGGAGAAACAAUUCCUGUAGGAAAAUCAAAAAAACCAAAGGUAAGCAAUUUAAAAAAUUCAAAGAACACUGUUGAUGUUGGAAUUCAGUUUGAAUACAUGGAUGAAAGAACUAUGAAAGAUAUGGGAACACAAUGUGACAUAAGAACUGAAAAAUCAACAGAAUUCUGUGUCAACUGUAGAUCAAGAGAAAACCCUGGUCUAGCAACAUCUGAUCACGGAUAUUCAAAAAUAUUCCAGGAUAUUCCUUCAACAUCAGAAACUGACACUAUUUUUCUCUCCUCUACACCUGUGAAAUCUGCACAGUGCUUCUCGCACACAUUUGAAUCGGAAGAAUUAUCGCCUGUCAAAUCAAUUACUACCAAAGCUGACCCAGAUUUCUCUUUCAUUCCCUCAGAUGAGUCAACAAAUGAGUUAUCAAAUUUAUCAAGUGAUGAAGAGCAAGAUGUUAAUCCUACUGAGGAUUCAAAAUUUAUUGUCUUUUGGUCAUGUAUCAAAUCUCUUUUCUGUAUGUUAAUGUGCCAAGUUUGCAAACAACCGUUUGAUGCCAAUGCUACAAACCAUUAUGUCAAUGGGACAGGAUUGUCUGUGGAGUUUAAUUGCAUGAACAACCAUAAAUUUACUUGGAAAUCACAACCCUUUGUAGGGAAACAACCCAUUGGUAACAUUAUGUUAUCAGCAGCCACAUAUUUUAGUGGAUUAACUUUCUCAGGCAUUUGAAACUUUGCUAAGUGCAUGAAUUUACAAAUAAUAUCUAGAACAACUUUUAUCAAUAACAGCAGAACAUUAG